AUGGCUUUGAUUUACAUACCCCGACAAAUGGCAAGGUUGUUUACCGUGUCCGAGACUGGAUGCGUAACUUCAUUUUGUGGGAAAAAAUUCGUCGAUUAUUUCCCAAUUAGAGUGUACAAGACUUGCGAGUUGGAGCCCACUUUUACCAAUGUCUUGGUGGAGUCAGAAGAUGUCCCCGAUGAUGAAGAUGAUUUAGUAUCAGAGUACGCGCGCACGUUUAUCGAUGAUAUCUUCAAAUUCUUUGGCCUUAAAAAAAGACUAAAUGAUUCCGAUCUGUCAUUGGCUGAACUUCGGAAUGCUUCCAAGUUUGGCUCUGACGAUAAAGGAUCCAUAAAGAACCCAUUGCGCUAUAAACGUGUCUCUACUGGGCCGCGCUACAUCUUUGGUUAUCAUCCACAUGGGGUAAUUUCCAUGGGUGUUAUGGGUAUGGCGGCCACAAACGCAUUAAGAAAUGAGCCAUAUGAGCCUCCAUUAAAAUUUCUUAAACCCUUGUUCCAUGAUCCAUCGAAGGGUGAGCGGCUUUUCCCUGGAAUUGGAUAUAUUUUCCCACUAACCUUGACUUCUCAGUUCGCCCUUCCAUUUUUCCGCGAUUACCUCUUGGGUUUGGGCUUAACUAGUGCAAGCGCUAAAAACAUUAAAAGUAUCAUUAAUAAUGGUGACAACUCCGUUUGUAUCGUUGUUGGAGGCGCUCAGGAAUCGUUGCUCAAUGAUAUGGUUGGAGACACGCGUGUGGGUAUUGGGUACAAAGCUCCACCGGAUUCAGAUGACGAAGAUGAAAACGAAGAAAAAAAAGAGAAGAAGAGAAAGCCUAUUCGUCUUGUUCUAGCCAAACGGAAAGGUUUUGUAAAAUUAGCAAUUGAAUUGGGAAAUGUUUCCCUCGUACCAACUUUUGCAUUUGGUGAGGCUGAUGUUUACAGACUUGUGAAACCUUCUCCUGGAUCCUGGGGGUACUCCUUCCAGCAAUGGAUGAAACGCGCUUUUCAAUUCACUCUACCCUUUUUCAGUGCCCGGGGCAUUUUCAUUUAUGAUUUUGGCUUUUUGCCUUACAGGACGCCAAUCAACAUAGUAGUUGGGCGGCCAAUUUAUGUUCCUUCAGGACUUCUUCUGGAACAACAAGAAGUUCCCAAAUCUUCCUCACGGGGCAGACAAUCUUCUUUAACCAAUCUUUUAAGUUUAGGCAAGACUAGAAAGCCACAAAACCGCAAGCAUAUCCCGCAGGACAUGCUAGACCAUUACCACGGGUUGUAUGUUGAGGAACUCAAGCGACUAUUCGAGGAGAAUAAGGGUAAGUUUGGAUACGGAGAUGUGGAAUUAAUCUUGGAGUGA